GCCACCUAUCAAUGCCAAUCAGUGCCACCUAUCAGUGCUGCCAAUCAGUGCCACCUAUCAGUGCCAGUCAGUGCCACAUAUCAGUGCCAGUCAGUGCUGCCUAUCAGUGCCAGUCAGUGCCGUCUAACAGUGCCAGUCAGUGCCGGCUGUCAGUGCCAUGCCAUAUAUCAGUGCCAUGUAUCAGUGCUGCCUUUCAGUGCCCAUCAGUGAUGCCUGUCAAUACCCAUCAGUGCCACCUACCAGUGCCUCCUCAUCAGUGCCCAUCAGUGCAGCCUAUCAGUGCCCAUCACUGCAGCCUCAUU